AUGGCUCAAUGUUGUUGCCCCCACGAUUUUAGGGCUGUUCUCCGCGGAGAGCCGCGCACCGGGCGGGGAACAGAUCGCCCCGGCAGCCAAUGCCCGUGCCCCGGACCAAUUCUUGUCUCCCGUCUAUCUACCCAUCCGCGGACUCGGACACGAGGCCUUCGCGGAUCCAAUACCUUCUCCCGAAUUCCGAUGGCACCACUUUCCUCUCAAUCCUCUGCGCUACUGCUUGUAACGGGAAUUGGCAUCGCGCUGUACGGGCUCUACGCCCAGCGUCAAUCGGACAAAGGAGCGAAGAAGCGCUUUCCGCCCGGUCCGAAGAAGCUCCCGCUCUUAGGGAAUUUACUGGACAUGCCAUCCCACCAUCCUUGGGAGACGUACAUGGCGUGGAGCAAACAGUAUAAGUCCGAUAUCCUCCACCUCGACAUCGCCGGCCAGUCCCUCAUCGUGCUCUGCUCCCUUGAGGCAACACGAGAUUUACUAGAGAAACGCUCCGCACUGUAUUCUGACCGCCCGCGGUCGCCGAUGGUUGUUGAGCUCAUGGGAUAUGAUUAUAACGUCGCGAUGAUGAAGUAUGGUGACGAGUGGCGGGCUAAUCGUCGACUAAUGAACCAGGACUUCGGGAGUGUCGCGAAGUCGCGCCAAUUCAGGCCCGCACAGCUCGCCGCGACCCGGAAUCUUCUUCGUCGCUUGCUGCAGCUUGAAGAAACGGCCGGCCCUACUGGAACUAGCGAAUACGAAGAUUGGAUUGCGUGCUUUAGGAGAUGGACCGCCGAAAUAACGAUGAAGAGCACCUAUGGAAUCGACCUACUCGAGACGAAUGACCCGUAUAUUCGCAUCGCCGAGCUCGCCGUCGGCACGCUAUCCGCCGCGGGCGUGCCUGGGAAAUAUUUGGUGGACGCUAUUCCACUCUUGAAAUAUAUUCCGGCAUGGGUGCCUGGCGCAGGCUUUCAACAAGAUGCCCGGAUCUGGCGAGACUAUGCAAAGGAUCUCGUGGAAGUCCCAUUCGCCGAGACCAAGCGCCAAAUGCAACUAGGAACUGCGCCACCUUCCUUCGUGGCUUCCAAGCUGCAAGGAUUGUGCGAUCCGCAUGCGUUUUACAACGCGGAGACCGUGCGCUCAAUGGCGGGCACGCUGUAUCUUGGCGGCGCGGAUACGACACUGUCGGCAUUCGCCAACUUUAUUCUCGCCAUGCUCGCAAAUCCAGGGGCCAUGCGACGCGCUCAAGCCGAGAUCGAUGGAAUCACCGGUGGUGUGCGCCUGCCGUCGUGUGAGGAUUACGAUGCGGGGCAUAUGCCGUAUGUCAGCGCACUGAUUAAAGAGGUGUUACGGUGGCGGAAUUUAGGACCGAUAGCAAUUCCACAUUAUCUUGCGUCGGAGGAUGAAUAUCGUGGGUAUCGAAUCCCCGCGAAUUCGAUCGUUAUCGGCAACACAUGGGCAAUUCUACACGAUGAAGCGACGUAUCCAGAACCCUAUGUUUUCAAGCCUGAGCGGUUUCUCCUCCCGCUGCCCGACUUCGGACUGGAGGGAAACCCUACAUGGCAACCAGAUCUCAGUGCCGUCGACCCAGAAAGCGCAUUUGGCUAUGGCCGUCGCAUUUGCCCAGGCCGGCACAUGGCGCGCGUGUCGUUGUUCCUCACUAUUGCAUGCGUGCUCGCCGUGUUUGAUGUCAUGAAGGCACGCGAUGGGGAGGGGAAAGACGUCGAACCGACAUAUGAGUAUGACUCAGGGUUCAUCUCGUUUCCACUGCCAUUUAAUUGCACAAUCAGGCGGAGGGAAAAACUCCGUGUGGAAGAUGUAGAGAGGCUUUUGGAUAGUCUACGAACUGAAUAA